UUCAUUCAGCUUCGGUGCAGGCAAGCAAAAAGCGCACAACCAGCCCUCAGCACUAAACAGUCUUCUUUAGACAGACAAACGUGUGGGACGUCUUAUUAAAUUCGUUCCGUCGCUCAUAAACAUAAAUACACAUUGGGGCUCUCUAUUUCCAUUUUCACCACUGAUCACACGGUACUACUAUCCACUUGCAAGUAAAGAGUCUGACACGGUUUUAAAGCUAACUCAAAUAAACCAAUCAAUUCAAUUCACUUGUUGCUGCUCUCAAACAAACAAGUUCAUCUCAUCCGUCACCAAGAAAAAGUAAAAUAAAAAAAAAAAAUAAAAAAAAAAAUACAAACAAUCAAACGACUUCUCCCAGUUUAACUAAAUUUGUUAUUCUUUUUACCGGCGUCACUCUAUUUAUACUAUUAUUGUUAUUUAUUGCGGUUGAUUGCGGUUGUUGAUAUUGUACAUAGCAGUGAUUUGUUUUUGCUAAGAAAGUGUUUUCAUUGUACGACAAAUAUUUCGCGGCAUUUAUUGAAGUGAAUCAACAAAAUAUAAAUUUCAUUAAAACGUUCAAAAAAUGAGCUCGCACUGGGGUUACACCGCGGAAAAUGGUCCAGCUCAUUGGGCUAAACAAUUCCCGCAAGCUUCUGGACACAGACAAUCACCAAUUGAUAUUUCUCCAUCCUCGGCAAAGAAAGGUAGUGAACUGAAUGCGGCACCGCUGAGAUGGCGUUAUGCUUCGGAAAAAACCGUUAGUCUUGCAAAUCCAGGUUAUUGCUGGAGAGUUGACGUUAAGGGCGACGGAUCUGAGCUCACUGGCGGGCCAUUGGGCAGUGAUAUUUAUAAAUUGGAACAAUUCCACAGUCAUUGGGGCUGCACUGACGACAAAGGUUCGGAGCAUACCGUUGACGGUGUAUCAUACGCGGGCGAAUUGCAUCUCGUGCACUGGAACACAACUAAAUACGCAACAUUCAAGGAGGCGGCCUCCGCUCCCGAUGGCCUAGCUGUUUUGGGCGUUUUCUUUCAGGCUAGCGACCAUCCACACCCGGAAUUGGAGAAAAUCACUUCACUUUUGCAAUUUGUGCUGCACAAAGGCGAUCGUGUCACCUUGCCAACCGAAUGUGAUCCAAGCAAGUUGUUACCAUCCACCAAAACUUAUUGGACUUAUGAGGGAUCCCUAACCACUCCACCCUGUUCGGAAUCUGUCAUUUGGAUCGUUUUCAAAACACCCAUAGAAGUAUCACGCGAUCAAUUGGACGAAAUGCGUAAUCUGAAUUGUUACGACGUCAAAGAGGAGUGUCCUUGCAAUGAAUUGAAUGGAAAAGUCAUCAACAAUUUCCGUCCGCCUUUGCCAUUGGGUAACCGUGAAUUACGCGAAAUCGGCGGACAUUAAGCCAGACAUAAUUUACUAUGCAAAUCAUAUUCAAGAUUAAACAAGGAAAAUUGAAACGCUUUUUGGGUGCCUUAUCACGCAUAGAUAUUUUUUAAAUGUACUUUUUUGAUGGUAUGUAGUUCGGUAUUUCAGUGCAACUGGUAUUAGGUGAUCUAUUAAAUAUUUAGUAAUCUUAAAUUUAAAUUAAAAAUUUCGAAAAAAUUUAUUAAAAUUGUUUGUAUAUAAGUGUACAAAUUAUGUGGUUACUAUACUUAUUACAAACUCUUUUAAUACGUUAAUGUUAAUGUUUAAGUAAUACAUAUAUAUUGUAUAUAUAUACUUAUAUAAGUAUAUUUCCAUAUAGCAUAACCAUUGCUGUUGUUUGUAAAGCUUUGUAUGACAAGUAUUUA